AUGUCAUCACGCAAGGUUCGCGUCAAGAAGUUGAACGUCAAGACGACGCUUCCAGUCCUCCGCGAAGACCAAAUCGAUCCCAACGAGUACGAAGCCCUUACAACUGAUAAUCAAAUCGCUACCGGUGUCGAACAGGCUGAGGAAAACGAAUACCAUCUUCAGACUAUCCUCAAGGAGGCAGGAACCAGCAAUGAUCAAGAGAUUCCUGUCCCUCCACCUCAGGAGAGCGACAUCAACUAUGAUGACCUCUACCCUGUUCCCUUCCAUAAACCCUCCUCUUACAUUCGCUUCUCACAAACAGUGGAAGAGUGCAUAACAUGUCUCUAUGAUAUGACCACAGAGGACGAUGAGUUCCUCAAGCAGUACAACAGUAAACCGCCUGCUGCUGGGGUCCUCUCUGAAGAUGACUUUGAGCGUAUCAUGGAGGUGUUUGAAGACACUGCCACGGAACAAACUCCUUUCGCAGCAGUGGACAACACCGUUGCUGCGUAUGAUAUGAUGUUGCCAGGUCUUACCCACAUUAACCAAUCGGUCUCGGCAGAUGUUUUGCAACAUGCGAAACCUGUGUACGAGUACUGGAAGUCAAGGCGGCAGGAAGCUGGGAACAAGCCAUUGCAUCCCAGCCUCAAGUUUGAGACGCACCAGGAGACUGACGACACAGACCCCUUCGUCUGUUUCAGACGACGUGAGGCUCGUCAAACUCGAAAAACCAGAGCUCGUGACAACAAGAUUGCAGAAACCCUCAAGAAGUUGCGACGUGAACUUGAGGAUGGUCGGCAAUUGGUUCUUUUGGCGUAUGAACGUGAAAUGGUAAAACGAGAACUCAUGUCCAUGGAUCGUGCCAUCUUUGAGGAAAGGGCAAGACUCAAAGAUACCAAGCUUCGGCUGGGGAUCAAAGGCGAGGACGAGGAUCUCGUCAACCAAAAGCCUCAAAAACGCAAGCCUGUGGAACCCCCUGUCGUGCGACAACCGACUGGUGCUCAUCUGCGGCAACCUGUACGGUCUGAUGGUAGAACGCUCGAUGCCGAUCUCGUCUUGUUAUCGGACAAGCUGGCCGAGAAGGAGACUGAACUGCGACUCGAUAUAGAAAUGAAGGUUCAGAACCACCGAAAGUGGAACCAGAACCAUAUUGAUCUCACUCGAGAACCACUGUCGCCGGUCAAGGAACAGGGCACAGAGCUCAAGUUCCGACAAGCCAAGACGCAGUAUCUGAUGACGCCUCCAGCGUCAACAUCAUCGGAGAUGGAAGUAGACGAGAUUUCGCCUGACGCUAUGCAAGUCGACAGACGUGAACCGCCUGUCUUCCAGUUCACUGCUGGGUCAGUCGAGCAGUCGAAGGGUAGCCAGCCAUCAUUCCGUCGGCGCAUUGGUCGUUUGAACCGAUUGUGGAUUGACCGAAGAGGUAUGGUAACGCCGCCACGGGAACUUGGUGAAGAUAGAUCGGAUAGGUGGAAGUAUGACUCGGAUUCCGACGACGAUGAACCGCUUGUGUAUGACGUGGAUCCGUUCGAUACUCGAGCACUCAAGUUUCGAGCGACGAUUCCGCUAAACCCUUACAUGUUUAGAGGACGUCCGGCAGUGCCACCAGAAGCUGUAGCAGCAGCGCAAUCACAGGCGGGUAACCGAGUGUUGCCAUCACCAGCGGCGGCGGCGGCGCAUGCUCAUGCUCAAGCACACGCAGCAGCAGCAGCACAGGCGCAUCUAGCAGCGCAAGCGCAAGCCAAGGCGCAAGCGGUAGCACAGCAACAGGCUCAAGCAGCCCAAGCUAUAUCGUAA